AUGGUCUCCAAGGCUUUUGCUUUCCUGGGUUUUCUGCUCUUCCUUGUUCUUCUCAUUGCUACUCAUGUCUCGGCUAGAGGCUUGCUCAGACUUCCAAUGCUGACAACAAAAACGUGGAUGCCACAAAUAAACUCCAAUGGGGUGGAUGAAGCAAAAUACGGCAAUGGAUAUGGUGGAUACCCUGGCGGCAGUGGUGGAUAUAAUAAUGGUCGUCGAGGUGGUUAUGGCGGUUACCCUAGACGUGGUCGCGGUGGUGGUUGCUACUACGGUUGUCGCAGGCGUAGUUACCAUGGAAGAGGCUGUGCUAGGUGCUGCUCUUAUGCUGUUGAAGAUGUUGAUGCUCAAACAGAUCAUGACCAACCUCACAACUAA